AAGAGAGUAGAAGAAGAAAGACAGAAGUAGGCGUAAGGACUGACGUUCCUGCCAGAUAACAAUAGUGAAGACGUGUUCCUCACUCACACAUUGAGUUUGGUCACCAAAAGUUAUCUCAACAUUCAGCAAAAUGGGCAUCCGAAAAAAGACGAACAAGAACCCGCCAGUGCUCAGCCACGAGUUUGUAAUCCAGAACCACGCGGAUAUUGUGUCUUGUAUUGCUAUGGUGUUCCUGCUCGGUCUGAUGUUUGAGAUUACAUCAAAGGUAGCGGUUUUGUUCAUCACUGUGCAAUACAAUGUCACCAUUCCAGCAAGUGGUGGUCCUGAGGAAACUGCUGUGAAUUACUUUCACUAUGGUCUUAAAGAUAUGGCAACUGUUUUCUUCUACAUGCUGGUGGCCAUCAUCAUGCACGCCAUUAUUCAGGAAUAUGUCCUGGAUAAAAUCAACAGGAAGAUGCACUUCUCCAAAACCAAGCACAGCAAGUUCAAUGAGUCUGGUCAACUAAGUGCCUUCUACCUCUUUUCCUGCCUUUGGGGAGCCAGCAUUCUUGUCUCCGAGAAUCUCCUGUCCAACCCCGUAAGUCUGUGGGAAGGCUACCCGCACACCCUUAUGCCAUUCCAGAUGAAGUUCUACUACAUUUGUCAGCUCGGCUACUGGCUCCAUGCAAUCCCUGAGCUUUACUUUCAGAAGGCCAAGAAAGAAGACAUUCCUCGUCAGCUUGUUUAUAUAAGUCUUUACCUGGCCCACAUCGCGGGAGCCUACAUUCUGAAUCUGAACCGUUUGGGCCUGGUGUUGCUGGUUUUGCAUUACUUCGUUGAACUCCUCUUCCAUGUAUCCAGACUCAUUUACUUCAGUCAUGAAGAUAGGCAGACUGGGUUUACAGUGUGGGCUGUUCUGUUUGUGCUGGGCCGGUUGUUGACUCUUUCUCUGUCUGUACUUACGGUGGGAUUUGGGCUGGCUGGAGCAGAGAAACAGGGUCUGAAUAUCGCAGAGGGAAACUUUAAUGUGCUGGUUGUUCGUGUGACGGUCCUGGCUGCAAUUUGCACCACUCAGGCUUUUAUGAUGUGGAAAUUUAUCAACUUCCAGCUGCGACGAUGGAGAGAACUCGCACAGACUCAAGCCUUGAAGAAGAAAUCAUCCUCUUCUAAAGGCAAAUCAAAGAAAGCUAAUGGUGUGAACGGAUCUGUAGGUGCCAGCAGAGCAGAUUCCCCCAGAUCGAGGAAGGAGAAGUCAUCGUAAACUCCCCAAUUCCCAGCGUCUGUACUCUGUUCAGGCUGAAAUCAGCCUGAUGAUUCCUCUCUCCAGUCCCUUUUCCCUUUCCCCUCUUGUUUAUCUGAAGAAAACUUGGCAAUAUGGCAAAUCCUUCAUCUUUUCAGGAUGUUGAUUGCUGUAUUACUAUUAAACCAUCUCACUGUUUUGUGUAAUUACAAGAAGGGCUUAAGGAAAAGUGGUAUUGGGUGAUAGAGAGGACACCCCAGUCCAUAACCCCCUCCACACACACACACACACACACACACACCUACACACAUUGUUUUCCUAAUUGCCCAAACACUCUUUGCUUUAUUUGCUUGAAGCUACAAUCCCCAUUUUAAACCACGAUCCAUUCAUACCUUAAACAUGAACGCUGUGGAAAUACUUAUUUACAAGUGCCUGAUCAUACAUUAUGACAGAACCUAGAGAAAUGAUCCAGUAUUUUAACUCAAGCUUAAAAUCGGGGUUAUAUUUAACAGUUUGUGAAGCCUCACAAUUUUUGUUGAUUUGAUUCUAUGCAUAUGAAUUUAAAGUCUUUGCUUUGUUUGUUGUGUGGUAUAAAAGCAUUGUCACAGUUUUUGCAGCUAGGAAGAGAUCUCAAUCAUAAAACAUGCAUUUGAUGCCUUUUUAUAUUGUAACACGUUAUAAAUUCCAUCAACUGCACUGCCUGAUUGGUCAAGUUAACCAAAAAGUUUGAUGUUCCACAAUAAAGUUUAUUUAGCGAAGGAACAAAGUUAUAAAGAACAAAAGCAAUGUGCUUUUGAUGUGUCAAUAGAUUCUGCCUUUCAAUCUUGACCUUUGCACAGCUGAGUUUGCUGUUCAGUAUAGAUAAGACAUUAAAUAUGACAAAUCACUUGUGUUGUUCCAGUGCGGUCUUAAGACUGUGGUCAGAAUGUUAAUAUAAGCUCUCGGGAAAUAUUAUUCAUAAUGUUCACAGGAGUUCAUGUUUUAAGAAAAACAAUAUAUAUAGAGAAUGAAAUUUAAUAAAGAACGAGCAUUGUUAUUUUACCUUUCUUUUACCCAAGUACAAACCAUUAGCAAGAUAAACAGUGAAUACAUUAAUAAAGAAAAGUGUAUUUUGGCCAUCUA